AUGAAGGUCAUGUCCCCCGAGGAAGAGCAGGCCCACUACAACCAGGUACUCAAGGGCGGCUUCAUUGGCGGUUCCGCUGGUCUGGCCGCCGGCGUGGGCGGCGUGAUGCUCGCCGCGCGGCGGUACCCGGCCUUUCGCCAGCUGACGCUGCCCUUCCGCGCGUUCCUCGUCACGUCGUCGGGCACGUUUGGCGCCAUCAUCAACGCGGACCGCUUCAGCAUGGCCUUUCAGAAGGCCAAGGACCCCAUGGCCAACUACCAGGACGCCUCGUCGCGGGCGCAGCAGAUUGUGCGCGAGAACGAGACGGCGUACAAGCGCUUCAUGGACUGGGGCCGCGAGAACCGGUACAGCAUCGUGUUUGCCAGCUGGAUCGCGUCCAUGGGCGUCGCCAUGGCCCUCGUCAGCCGCGCGCCCAUGAGCACCAGCCAAAAGGUGGUCCAGGCCCGUGUAUACGCGCAGGGCCUGACGCUCGCCGUGCUCAUCGCCUCGGCCCUGUUUGAGGUGAAUGACGCCAAGAAGGGCGGCGGUCGCUGGGAGACUGUCAAGGUCAUCGACCCCAACGACCCUGAGCACAAGCACCUCAUUGAGAAGAGGGUGCACAAGGAGGAGUACGAGGGCCAGGACCUGUGGAUGGACAUGGUCGAGGCUGAGGAGAAGCGCCUAAAGGCCAAGCAGGAGAGGAUGGAGAAGGAAGACAAGGACCCCAAGAAGGCCGAGAGCAAGGCCAAGAAGCCUGCUGAUGAAAAGAAGGCCGAUGACAAGCAGGCCGAGGCAUGA